ACGUCAUUACACUGAAGUACCGCCUCUAGACUUACCAGGCAUUAUGCACAGCUCCCGUUUGUCGGUGAAAAGUGAGAACAUUUCGGUCGUCAACUGACAGAUAGGUCCAACAGAAGUUGGAUACUUAAAGUUAAUUGCUCCGUGGAAACUUUGUAACGCUUGGACAAAAGUUCCUUCUGGAUAAAACAAGCCGUCUUGAUUAGGACAGCUGUCAUUUUGAAGUUCGGUUCAAUUGACAGACAUACAGUAUAACCCACUGAGAUGGCAGUUGGCUCAUAACUCCCAGGUGCCUGGAAACGCGGACGGGGAGUGGCGGACGGGGAGUGGCGGACGGGGAGUGGCGGACAGAGACCCAUGCAGAAGAUGGGUGAAACGGAGGAUGAGAGGACCGCCCAGGCAGGGCAGCUCUUUGAGAACUUCGCCCAGGCGUCCACUUGCAAGGGCACACUGCAGGCCUUCAGCAUCCUGUGUCGUCAGAUGGACCUGGACCCACUGGACUACAGGAACUUCUACAGCAACCUUAAAGCCACGGCCACAAACUGGAAGGCCAAGGCCCUCUGGACCAAACUGGACAAGAGAGCUAAUCACAAGGAGUACAGUAAAGCCAAAGCCUGCGAAGGCAUGCGGUGUCUAAUCAUCGGAGGGGGCCCGUGUGGCCUGCGCACAGCCAUUGAGCUGGCUCUGCUGGGGGCCAAGGUGGUGGUGAUGGAGAAGAGGGACACCUUCUCCCGGAACAACGUGCUACACCUUUGGCCCUACACCAUCCACGACCUCCGGGGCCUCGGAGCCAAGAAGUUCUACGGCAAGUUCUGUGCCGGAGCCAUUGACCAUAUCAGUAUUCGCCAACUCCAGCUCAUGCUGCUAAAGGUCGCCCUGAUCCUGGGAGUGGAGGUCCAUGUCAAUGUGGAUUUUGUUCAACUGCUGGAGCCACCAGAGAACCAGGAGAAUGGAGAGACUGGAUGGAGAGCAGAGAUCAGACCGUUAAACCACCCUCUCGCUGACUUUGAGUUCGAUGUGGUGAUUGGGGCAAAUGGACGCAGAAACACACUAGACGGGUUCAGGAGGAAGGAGUUUAGAGGCAAGCUGGCCAUCGCCAUCACAGCCAACUUUGUCAACCGGAACACCACCGCUGAGGCCAAAGUGGAGGAGAUCAGCGGAGUGGCCUUCAUCUUCAACCAGAAGUUCUUCCUGGAGCUCAAAGAAGAGACCGGGAUUGACCUGGAGAACAUUGUGUACUACAGAGAUAACACGCACUACUUUGUGAUGACCGCGAAGAAGCAGAGCCUGCUGGACAAGGGGGUCAUCAUUCACGAUUACAUAGAGACAGAGAAGCUGCUGGGCCAAGACAAUGUCAACCAGGAGGCCUUGCUCUCCUACGCCCGGGAGGCAGCUGACUUUGGCACCAACUACCAGCUGCCCUCUCUGGACUACGCCGUCAACCACUGCAACCAGCCCGACGUGGCCAUGUUUGACUUCACCUGCAUGUACGCCUCAGAGAACGCCGCGCUGUUCAGGGAGAAGAAUGGACACCAGCUUCUGGUGGCUUUGGUGGGGGACAGCCUUCUGGAGCCAUUCUGGCCCAUGGGGACAGGCUGUGCUAGAGGCUUCCUGGCUGCCUUUGAUACAGUGUGGAUGGUCAGAGGUUGGGCCCAGGGCAGGAACCCCCUGGAGAUCUUGGCAGAAAGGGAGAGUCUGUACCGACUGUUACCCCAGACAACCACAGAGAACAUCUCAAAGAACUUUGAUCAGUACACCAUCGACCCAGUUACGCGUUAUCCCAACCUCAACUCCAGCUGUGUCAAGCCACAUCAGGUGCGUCACCUGUUUAUAGAUGGGCAGCAGGACUCCGGUCUUCUGGAGUGUGGUGGACCCACACACAGAUCUGUGAAUCUGUCCAGACAAGAGUCUGACAUCCGUCCUAGCCGCCUCCUCUUGUGGUGUCAGAAACAGACGCAGGGCUACCGAGGCGUGGAUGUCACCAACCUCACCUCCUCCUGGAAGAACGGCCUGGCGCUCUGUGCUCUCAUACACCGCCUCCGACCAGAACUCAUUGACUUUGACUCCCUGAAUGAGGAAGACUCUGCCAAGAACAACCAGCUGGCCUUUGACAUUGUUGAGUCUGAGUUUGGAAUCCAGCCCGUGACCACGGGGAAGGAGAUGGCUGCGGACCAAGACCCAGACAAGCUGAUGAUGGUGCUGUACAUCUCAAAGUUAUACGAGAUGUUCCACAACUCGCCUGCGUCCGUCGCUGGUACAAGAGGAAUGGAUGAGAACAACGAGCAGGUCUUAUCAGAGCCUGUGAACUCCGUUUGCACCUUAUUGAAGCCAACCCAGGCCAGAAAGAGAAUCCCAAAGGAUGACAAGAAGCUGGAGGAGAACGACCCAAUGAACAAAAGGCGCAAAAAGGGCAACAACUAUUUAGAUGAGUUGUCCUGUCAGAGUGCCCCCCCUGCAGGUGAGGGUGGGGAGCAGAACAAGGUGCGCUCCAUGGCAACCCAGCUGCUGGCCAAGUUUGAGGAGAGCGCAGCUCCUGGAGGUGCCCCUCGCAGUAAGUCUGAUUGGGACUCAGGCUGUGACUCAGGCCGUUCGCCAUCUCCUCCGAUAAUGACGGAGAGCCUUCGCUUCGCUAAGCCCAAGGAGCAGCCUCCUCCCCCAUCUCCCCCCCCAGCCCCGAAGUGGCAGCCGUCCGUCUACAUACGACUCUUAGAAGGGCCUGGGGCCAUGGCACAACCCGCUCCCCUGUCUGUUCCCGUGGCGCUCCGGACUCCACCGGAGGAGCAAACUCUGGCCUCUCCGCGCACCGACUUUGUGCGACAGAGAGUGUGGAUUCCGCAAACUGAGAGGCCAGACGAUGCAGAUUACCCAGAGUGCCCCUUUCCUGACCCCAUAGGAAUGGGCAUGUGCCCAGAGAAACUGGAGGAGAAGCUGACCCAGAAGAAAGCACAAAGCCUAACAACUAGGGAGUUUAACAGAAAGAGUAUAAAGGAGAGGGCAAUUCUCCUGUCUUCUAUGUUCCCUGGGGCCGACACUCCUCCAGUCAAAGAGUCCAAGACAUGUCAAUUUAGUUCAGCUCCGCACCCAUCUCCCACUGUCUCUAAACCUCUGUCCACUCCAAUCCACCCUGCACUUGAACCCUCUGCGUUUCCCGGCUUCUCUUCUCUUGCCCCAGCGUCUGCUGUGCCCCAUGACAAGUUCAAAGGAAAUGCCGAACCAAGUCCAAUUAUUAACAGAAUGAUUGUACGAUCUGAAAGUUGUCCAGCUGAACCCUCAAAGCCUGCCAAACAGCGGACAGUUGGGAAGGUGUCCUCUGCAAUAGGUGCUAGGGCUGAAACUCUAGCCAUCCUCUAUGAAUCUGACCACAGGCCGAAUGCCUCACCGGGUUUUUCACCACAUCAGGUCAUCAAGUCUAAAGCGUGUGUCGUGCGGAAGGAGUUCCCGCAGAACCUGGGAGGCAGCGACACGUGUCACCACUGCUCCAAGCGUGUGUACGUGGUGGAGCGCUUCAGCGUGGAGGGCUACUUCUUCCACAGGGAGUGUUUCCGCUGUGACGUCUGCGGCUCCACGUUGCGUUUGGGGGGACACGCCUACGACUCCCAACUAGGUAAGUUUUACUGCAAGCUUCACUACUCACAGCGUCGACCCAGCCUUCAAAGUUCAAGCAGGUUCCAGAGGAGAACGGAGGACGCGGGAUGUCCGACGCCUUCGCUGGACGGGAGCGACCCGUACUCGGCCACCAGCAGCCUGCAGAGCCAGCCCUCAGGACAUCACUAUAAAUACACAGGCCUAAUGAAUGGAGUGUCCAGCCGUACGGUACCUGAGCUGGCGGAGGAACCCUCGGACACAGUGGACCUGGGCAUACAGGGCUCCAACAGGAUUGCUGACUUGAAGAAACAGGACCACUCCGAUACCUCUUCCCCACCACAAGACUCAGCACAGAAGAAGAAAGAAUGUUCCGGUUCCAUGUCAUCCCUCCUUUCUGAAGAAAGCCGAUGGAGGAGGAAGAUCCGUUCAGCUCUGCCCCUUAUCCUGGUGAAGCACUUCUCACGUGAACAAGCUGCCAAAAAUGAGGCACCCACAUUUGAAGAGGCAAACUCUGAUUUUGAAGAGAUUGAACCGCAGCAGGUCUCCCACGAUGGUUCUGAAACCCCUGGAGAUUCUCAGAAUCCACAGACAACUAAAGAACAGUUUCCUGUCACUAAAACCCACCAGCAAGUGGAAGCAGUCAGCUCUUCUUGCCCAAAGAAGAGGCUGACCCUGUCCCUGUCUGAGAAAGAGAAGCUCCUUGACUGGAACCUGGGUCCUCCAGAGGAGGCUCAUGGGGCUGCGGAAGGACGCCCGUCUAGACAAAGCCAACCGAGGGAACAGACCCCGCCGAAGGACCUGUUGUCUCAGGUAGAGCCAGAGGCAGAACCUGUCCCAGCUCAGGCCCAGCCGUCUCCAUCUGCAUUCCAGGUGUGGGCCAACGCCUUCAGGAGGUCUCUGGGGCUGACUGGGACAACAACACAGCCGGGUGCCGCUGUCACCAGGAGGAGCCACAAUGGGCCCGCAAAGCCCCGGCCUCUGUCUGAGGGAGCCUUCAGCUUUGGUUCUCUGUUCGGGGCUCCUGUCCAAAGCCAGGAGGCCGGAACAGCAGGAGUGGAGCGGGAGGGCCAGCCGACCCCAUGCCCUCACAAGGCAUCCACGGGUGACAAAUUGUCAAACCUGCCUAAACUCCUGGAGCAUGUGUCCCUCGGCAGCGACAAGCCUGCCGAAUCCACCAGAGACGACGUGGCCUCACUGCCGCCCAGGAAGCUGAACUUCUUCUCUUCCCUGAGGCUGAAGAAGAAAGAGGGGCCUGAGAGCGUGAGAGCGGGAGGUCAGGGGAAGGACAUCAGGACCAUCCUGUCCAACAUCAGGAACAAAGCCUCCCCAGAACAGCAGAAAGACUCCUCCAACUCCUCAAGUGACGAAGAGCACAUCCCAGCUAAACAGAAGUCCCGAGGGAGCUUGGAGCGGCGCAUGAGGAGGAGACAGGAGAACACCGUGAUACAACUGGCCAAGAGAGAGCAGCUGAAGAGACUCCACCGAGCUCAGGUUAUCCAGAGGCAGUUGGAGGAGGUGGGUGAGAAGCAGAGAGACCUGGAAGAGAGAGGUGUGACCAUUGAGAAGGUCCUUCGAGGUGAAGCCCCAGACAAAGGCGAUAGUCUGUCAGAUGAACAUGAACUCCUGCAAAUGUGGUUCAAGCUGGUCCUGGAGAAGAACAGACUGGCCCGCUACGAGGAAGAGCUGGUCAUAUUCGCUCAGGAACUUGAACUGGAGGACAGGCAGAGCCGACUGCAGACGGAUUUGCGGAGCAGGAUGUCCAUAGAUGACUCCAGGAAGAGCUCCGUCGAGCUGGCCGAGGAGCAGCAGAUGCUGACUGAGAUCAUGGAGGUGGUGGAGAAGAGGGACACUCUUGUCAGCCUGCUGGAGGAGCAGCGGAUACAGGAACGGGCUGAGGACAGAGACCUGGAGAGUCUGGUGUUGUCUAGGGGCUACCAGUUCCACUGGACCUGAACAGGAGCGGCCCUCUUGGGCAAGGAGAAGGCAACGUUACUAUGCAGCCCCAAGAUGUAAAGAGACUUUAUUGUUAGCAACAGCAUUACUAGUGAUUUCAUUACUAGUGAUGUUGAAUAUGUAUUUUGAUGUUUUGAAUAUGUAUUUAUAUAUUUCUUGUCAAUUCUUACUUGAUAAUCACACUUAUUAUGGACUGGAGGGCUUGGCUUCCAGUACGCCUAGUCUCUUGCAUUCCUAGAUAACUGCGACACUUCACUGAGAACAUCUCAGAAGGUAUGAAGCCUUAUGAACUGAAGCAGUUAAAUAGAAUAAUUAAAACACUUCCUUGCAAAAGAACACCUCAGAAUAUAUGCUGCUUUUUGAACUGAAAUAAUUGAAUUAAAUAUUCAACUGCUAUCAGUUGUAACGAAAAGCACGUAGAAACCCAAAGAUUCAGCCUAUCAAAUGUUUUCCCUCUUCAAGCAAAAUGUGACAUGUAUGUGUUGGGAUGUAUGAUAUGUCUGUCUGUUGUAUCGUUGCUUUUGUGUUGAAAGAACACUGGAAAAAUAAAACGGUUUAUUGUAAAUGUAUCUGCACUUUAUAAUCCAACACAGCAUUUUGUCAGUGAAGGGAAUAGAUGUCUGUGUUUGAAAACAUCCACAGGACUUCAGGACUUUCUGCAUUUUGUAUGUAGUCAUACAUGUUGAGACUGGACCCAGUCAGUGUGAUUUCUUCACUUUAAUUCGUUAUUUUUCGUUGCUUCUUUCAAGUAAAUUAUGAUUUGGUCUAUUUGUUCCAAAAUGCUAGUUUGACAAGACGUAAGGGGUCUCUGCUGAGCACUGUUAGUGCCUAAAUGGACACUAAACUGUCGAUGUUCAUUGUAAAUAUGUUUGAGAAUUAAAAUGUGGUUGGUCAUGCUUUGACAUUUA